AUGAAGGCUAUUCUGAUCAAAGAUGGGAAGGGACCGGCGGAGAACUUGUACUUGGGGGAAGAAGCGACGCCCGAGCCAAAGAAGGGCGAAGUGCAAGUCAAGAUCAAGACCUUCGGACUGAACAGGAUGGACCUCAUGCAGCGGGAAGGCAAGUACCCGCUCCCCGCGGGCGCAAGCAAGACGAUCAUGGGUGUAGAGUUUGCCGGGACGGUCACCAAGCCCGGAGAGGGGAGCGACAAGUUCAAGGAGGGGGAUGAGGUCUUUGGGUUGGCUUACGGGGGAGCAUACGCGGAGUAUAUCUGCGCAAAUGAGGCUAUGCUUUUGCCUAAGCCGAAAGAGCUGAGUUGGGUACAGGCGGCGGCGCUUCCGGAGAACUGGAUGACAGCGUAUCAGGCUCUGUUUUUGGAAGGGGGCAUGAAGGAGGGGUCAAAAGUUUUGAUACAUGCUGGCGCAUCUGGUGUUGGAGUAGCUGCUAUCCAACUUGCUCUACAGGUCGGCAAGGCCGAGCAGGUUUUCACUACCUGCGGAACAGAUGACAAGGUCAAGUUCCUGCAGAAGCUCGGCGGCAAUUCUGACAAGCUCCACGCUAUCAACUACAAGUCGCAGAAUUUUGAAGAAGAGAUCAAAAAGGUGACCGAAGGCGUCGACCUGAUCAUCGACUUUAUUGGCCGAUCCUACUUCACUUCCAACCUCAACCUUCUCAACCGAGACGGCACCCUCGUCUUCCUCGCCAUGAUGUCCGGCCCGAAACUCGAGCCUGAUACCAACAUCAUGCAGGUCCUCUUCAAGCGGCUGACGAUCAAGGGCACGACCCUGCGGUCGAGGACGGUCGAGUAUCAGGCGGAUCUGUUGCAGCGGUUCGAAAAGCAUGCGCUGGGGCUGAUCAGAGAGGAAAAGAUGAAGAUUGAGGUGCAUGAGGUGUUUGAUUGGAAGGAUGUCGUCAAGGCGCAUCAGGAGAUGGAGGCGAAUAAGAACAGCGGGAAGAUUGUUUUCGAGGUCCGUGAAUAG